UAUGCAGGAGAUGAGGUGUUGGUGAGAUCAAGUGCUGUACUACGCUGUGCUGUGUUGUGUUGUGAUGCUAUGCUGUAUGAACAAGGAAAUGAUGGGAAUGAUGCUUGCUUGCUUGCUUGACUCUGCCUUUGCUCUCUAUUCUUUCUUUACCCUGUUGCUAUUCACGUUCCGCCUCCUCACCUCACCUCACCUCACCUCUCCCUCUUCUUCUUCUUCAUUCCACUCAUCCAACCUUUACGACCUGAAGCGCUACCAAAGGAAGUUGUAGGCAAGGCAGAGCCCUUUGUACUACCAUUUCCGCUGACGAUGGCGGGAGAAGCACGUACUCCAUUGUCCUCACCAUCUUCGUCUUCAGUGGAGCGCUGCCGCUUCCCGCUGCCGCUAGAGGGAGAGCUGGUGGGACUACCAUUGGUACUGCCAUUGGCGGUAGUGCUCAUCAAUCGCUGCAAGAGGUGCUUCUUCUCUCCUCCCCCUACCACUUCUCCUAGCCCACUGGCGCUCGUGCUUGGAGAAGCAGGCGAAAAGUUCCUAAAUAUGGGC